AUGAAGAGAGUUUUUUCUCCGUCGACUCUCUUCUCUUCUCUCUCGAUCUCUCCAUCGUCUCUUUUCUCUUUUGGGCCGGUUUGCCUCACUCUCUAUCUCCUGUUGAAACCUCUUACUACCUCUGACGGAGGUGAAAUCGCCGAGACUCCUCCCAGAGAGAAGAAGCAUAAGAAGAAUAAGAAGAACAGGAAGCGAUCUGAACCUGAUCCUGAUGUGCCUUCAACAAGAGAGACUUGUGAUUCCGGUGUUGAUGAGGAUAGAGAUGGAGUGUUAGUAGACGAUGCUAAUAACGAGCCAACAAUGGGUGAUAAGUUUGAGAGUCUUAACUUAUUAGGAGGAGAGAAACUUAGCAAUGAGGAGAGUAAUGAUAAGCCUCCUACUGCAGCUUCUGUUAACAUUCUUCUGAGACAAGCUUUGCAUGCUGAUGAUCGGUCUCUUCUACUUGAUUUCUUGUACAACCGUGAUGAACAGGUGAUUGCUAACUCGGUUGCUAAGUUGAAUUCAGAUGAAGUACUCAAGCUUCUAAACUCUCUUCUACAAAUACUACAAUCAAGUGAUUUUUAUACUUUCUUUCCCUGCAAGGGUGCGGUUUUAGCUUGUGCGAUUCCAUGGAUAAAGUGUCUGUUACUUACUCAUUCCAGUGGGAUUAUGUCCCAAGAGUCAUCCUUGCUCGCUUUGAACUCCAUGUAUCAGCUCAUUGAAUCACGGGUAUCAAACCUUCACACUGCCGUUGAAGUUUCAAGCAGCUUAGAUUUGGUAUGUGUUGUGUUUCCCUGA